ACCCAUGAUUUGACAGUACUUGGGCAAGAUGUGCAUAUGGUCAGGGGACAGUCUCAGGACUUGUUUUUCAUUCACAGUUGUCGCCUUCUUUCUGACUUUCGUCUUCGUUGACGGAGUCGUCCAAGAGAUCAAAGAAAAUCGCGCUUUCAAGCAAAAAAUUGACUUCCCGGACUUUGGCCACUAUAAUGGAAAUUUUAUAAAGAACAUUCCCGACAGUGUACUCCCCAUAGACGACCGAGAAAAACGCAUAAUCGCAGUCGGAGACAUACAUGGCAUGAACAGCUCAUUGACGGAAUUACUUGACGAGAUACACUACGACUCGGAAAGAGAUUCGCUUAUUCACGUUGGAGACCUGGAGACGAGGGCGACUAUUCACGACUCCAUCGACGUAUUAUCAUUCAUGUCAUCCAACAAAAUCUUAGGCGUCAGAGGAAACAAUGACCAAAAAGUGAUCGAAUGGCGCGCUUGGAUGGAUUGGAUACUAUCUCUUCCGGGAGGUGAAGAAUGGCUUUCCGUCAUGGACAAGCGAUGGCCUAACCUCGAUGGAGACAAGCGACUCCAGAGAGUAGAACUUGAAAACUGGUUCAAGACGAGCAAGUACGCAAGCUGGAAGAAGAUGGUGCCUGCUGGCUGGCAUCCAUUGGGUAAUCAUUACAGAGUCGCUCGUGCCAUGUCUCCCGGACUCUUCGAAUACCUGAUUUCCUUGCCCCUUGUGCUCCAUUCUCCAACUGGCCAUAUGGUCUUUGUCCACGCUGGUCUGUUAUCUUCCCACCCAAAGCUCCAGGCUUCCGACCCUAGACAACCACUUUCCCAUUGGCCUACCGUGGAUGACCAACAUGACAUUGCAAAGCUGCGUAAUCAACAAGAGCUUGCAGUCCUCACAGAGAUUCCAGAAAACAAAGAUCCAUGGACCGUAACGAACAUCAAAAGUUCCCAAUUGUGGAACGAUACAAUGUCAAAGUGUUCGGGAAAUUCGGGUGAAGCAUACCAGUCAUCCUCGCUUCCAUGUUAUCCGUUUACUGUCGUCUAUGGACAUGCCGCAGGCCGUGGGUUGGAUAUCAAGCGGUGGUCGAUUGGUCUGGACACUGGUUGUUCGUACGGCCGUCGGUUGUCAGCUGUUGUCCUCGAUGAAAGCUCUUUCUCUUCUGCUACAUAUCAAUUCGGAGACAACAAACAUGUACGAGCCCCUCAAUCACAAGAGAUAGAUUUCGGAGAUAAUGGACAAGCGCGCAUUGUUAGUGUAUCAUGUGCAUAAUUAUCUUACCAAUUCUUCAUUCAGCUUUUUUCUUUAGCGAAGGUAAAGGCUCGAUGAGUGUAAAUCAUAUUGAACGUCUCCCAUGUUACACGGUACUGCUAGUUGAUAUAUGUACACACUCUUGGAAACUAGUUGAAAACAUGCUAGGUCCAGUGUCGACGUCAAUCACGAGUUUAGCGCGAUAUUCUCGAACACUGAGGAUCAGGUUUGGUCCCAGCACACUUGACUGCACAAUGAUGAAUAUUUGAAGAAAACCAAAAUAAAUCAA